AUGUCCAGAGCAUCAAUGACGAUGCUCAACGACUCCUUCAAACUUACAGUAGCCUGGCACCCGAAGAAGUCCUCCCACGUGCGAGAUGAGGCAUUCGAUAUCUACCACUAUGCUUGCAUCGGUCUGAUGAGGUUUCUCUCGUUCAACCUGUCCCAUAUGCCUUUCUGGCCUCGGAGUUUGGAACGACUUCGCGCCGACCCUUCCUACGGUUUCCUCGAGGCUGGAUGCUCCGACCAAGAUAUCGCGGGCGAACAACUCUUUGGGUGUGAUCUAGAGCAAGUCUUCAUUGAUCUCGGCUACCGUCUCUUUCGAGACACGGAUCGCUUGAAGGCAAGCUUCGCCGUCGGUGACCUUAAUGCCGAUGAAGCCACAUUUAAUGAUGGUGAACCCUUCCAGAAGCUACAUGGCAAGAUCGAUAUCGUCUUCGCGAGCUCUUUAUUACACAUGUGGGAUUGGGACACCCAGUUCAAGGUUGCAACGCGGCUAGUCAAGAUCUGUCGUCCAAAGUCGGGUGUCAUGAUCACUGGUCGGCAGAUGAGAAGUACUAAAGGCGAUCAUUAUACCAUGACAGGUAUGAAGGACAAUGCGGUGCACUACCGGCACGACCCGGAAACAAUGGAACGUUUCUGGGCUGCUGUUGGAGAGGCUACACAAUCGUGCUGGAAGGUCGAGGCCGGUCUCUACUGGAAUGAAGAGAUUGAUCAGACCAAGGACAUGCCUUGGGCGGAUGAGAAGAUGCGAAUGAUGUGGUGGUGCGCCACACGAGAGUAG